CCUUCAUGCAAUAACAAUCUGAUCCCAUUUUGUCAGAGUUUUCAGGGAGAUGCCUGACUUGGGUUCUACCAUGGCAUCUUCCACCUCCCCGCCUCCAGCUCUUACCACCGAGCUCCUAGAAGCUCAGCUCGGUUUGGUCCGUGGCAUGGACCUCUGCCUACACUAUGCUGCCACAGACAACAGCCACCUCAUCCUGCACCACUACAAUCUCACGGGAAGGAUGGCUAACCGGCGGCCCCAGGAAGACACCGUGGGCACCCUCAAGGUGGUCUUCCUUGCUGCCGGCUGCCUCAUUGUCAUGGAGAAUCUGCUUGUCCUCCUGGCCAUCGCUCGGAAGCUGCAAGCCCGCCGUUGGGUCUACUCUUGCAUCGCCAGCAUCACUCUCAGUGACCUCUUGACUGGCGUGGCCUUCAUGGUCAACCUCUGCCUGUCAGGGAGCAGAACCUUCCGCCUGUCACCCACAAUGUGGUUCCUUCGGGAGGGGGUCCUCUUCGUCGCCUUGGCAGCCUCCACCUUCAGCCUGUUAGUGACGGCGAUCGAGCGCUACAGCACCAUGGUGAAGUCCAUCGCUGAGAACGAGACCAGCAAGAAGGCCCGCCUGAGGGGCCUCUUGUUCUCCUGUUGGGUCCUGGCUGUCAUCGUCGGCUUGCUCCCUUUGUCGGGCUGGAACUGUCUUUGUGAUCUGCCCAACUGUUCCACACUGCUGCCCCUCUAUGCCAAGAAUUACAUUCUCUUCUCGGUGGUCAUGUUCAUCAUCAUCUUGGUGGGCAUAGUGGCACUGUAUGCCUCCAUCUACCGCCAGGUCUCGAGGAGCAACUGGCAAGCCACGUCAAGGUGUGGCCGCAAGAGGUCGCUACGGCUGCUGACCACGGUCUUGAUCAUCCUUUUCGCCUUUCUGUUUUGCUGGAUCCCCCUCUUCAUCCUCCUACUGAUGGACAUCUUUUCUCAGACUAGGAGCUGGAAGCUCCACAAAUACUUGGACUGGGCUUUGACCUUGGCGGUGGCCAACUCCUUCAUCAAUCCCAUCAUCUACUCCUUCAGGAGCCAGGAAGUGAGGAGAGCAGUCCUAGAGUUACUCUGCUGCUGCUGCCCUGGAGAAUGCCUCGCCGUGGCCGAUAUCCCAGCGGGAUCUUCCACGGAAAGCUCCUUGAAACCACAGGAGAGCUUCCGAAAUUCCAAGGCACUCAACGCGAAGAGGGCCAGAGAGCCUCUUUCCAGUAAUUCCAGCGCACUGAGUACUGUGCCGCCAGACGACACAUCCGAUUUGCAGCAGGCUAGCCACAUAUAUCUCCCUGAAUCCCCAGAGGAAAGGUGGGAUACAAAUGUACUAUAUAAAGUGAACUGGAAUCUCGACCGUUCUGGACACGAGGAGCGAGAUUCACCGUUCAGCCUAAAGAGCUAUUAG